AUGGAGAGCUCUUGGAUCCUGGAGAAUUUGAAGAAGAAAGGGAUUGAUGAAGAGAUAGAUAAAGAAAUACUUGUUAUUGCUAAAAAGGGAAAAGAUGUUAGCAAAGAUUUGAUGUUAAAGUUGUUGCCAAAUAAGUUUCCUGGGGCAAAUGGAAGUGGAAGUGAAGUUACUUAUGGUGAGCUUUAUCGGCUGGAAGAGUUCCUGUUGUGCCCCCUUAAGGUUUUGGAUGAUUCAGGUGAUGGUUUUACUAAAGGACUUGAAGCUGAAUUAGCAAGUUUACAUAGCAAGGGCUUUAAUGCAUCAGUUACUUCUGGUGGAUAUGGCUGGUACAUCACCUUAGAUCCUAAUGAGAAUGGUUGGGAAGUUGUGAAAAAGGUGGGAAUGCACAAGUCAUUGGUGAAGUCCCACAUAAAUUCAAGAAUGUUUUUGAGGUGGUGA